CCCGAGCACGCGCUACCUGAGGACCCGCGCGCGCGCGCCUGGCAGCCCCUGCCCCGCCCGCACGCGACGUUGCCAGGCCCGCGAUGGCCCCCGACCCGGAGGCCGCCGAGACGCCCGGCCCGCGCUACUUCACCUGGGACGAGGUGGCGCGGCGCUCCGGGCGCGAGAAGGAGCGGUGGCUGGUGAUUGACCGCAAGGUGUACAACAUCAGCGAGUUCAACCGCCGGCACCCGGGGGGCUCCCGGGUCAUCAGCCACUAUGCGGGGCAGGAUGCCACGGAUCCCUUUGUGGCAUUCCACAUCAACAAGGGCCUCGUGAGAAAGUAUAUGAACUCCCUCCUGAUUGGAGAACUAUCUCCGGAGCAGCCCAGCUUUGAGCCCACCAAGAAUAAGGAGCUGACCGAUGAGUUCCGGGAGCUGCGGGCCACGGUGGAGCGGAUGGGGCUCAUGAAGGCCAACCACGUCUUCUUCCUGCUGUACCUGCUGCACAUCCUGCUGCUGGAUGUUGCUGCCUGGCUCACUCUCUGGGUCUUUGGGACAUCCCUUGUGCCUUUUCUCCUCUGUGCAGUGCUGCUCAGCACAGUUCAGGCCCAGGCUGGCUGGCUGCAGCAUGACUUUGGGCACCUGUCCGUCUUCGGCACCUCUGCAUGGAACCACCUGCUACAUCAUUUUGUAAUUGGCCAUCUGAAGGGGGCCCCUGCCAGCUGGUGGAACCACUUGCACUUCCAGCACCAUGCCAAGCCCAACUGCUUCCGCAAAGACCCAGAUAUCAACAUGCAUCCCUUCUUCUUUGCCUUGGGGAAGAUCCUCUCUGUGGAGCUUGGAAAAAAGAAGAAAAAGUACAUGCCAUACAACCACCAGCACAAAUACUUCUUUCUGAUUGGGCCCCCAGCCUUGCUGCCUCUCUACUUCCAGUGGUAUAUUUUCUAUUUUGUUAUCCAGCGCAAGAAAUGGGUGGACUUGGCCUGGAUGAUCACCUUCUACGCCCGCAUCUUCCUCACUUAUGUGCCACUGUUGGGACUGAAAGGCGCCCUGGGUCUUUUCUUCAUAGUCAGGUUCCUGGAAAGCAACUGGUUUGUGUGGGUGACACAGAUGAACCACAUCCCCAUGCACAUUGAUUAUGACCAGAACGUGGACUGGGUCUCCACCCAGCUCCAGGCAACAUGCAAUGUCCACAAGUCUGCCUUCAAUGACUGGUUCAGCGGACACCUCAACUUCCAGAUCGAGCACCACCUUUUCCCCACCAUGCCUCGACAUAAUUACCACAAAGUGGCUCCCCUGGUGCAGUCCCUGUGUGCCAAGCACGGCAUAGAGUACCAGUCCAAGCCCCUGCUCUCAGCCUUCGCCGACAUUGUCCACUCACUGAAGGAGUCGGGGCAGCUCUGGCUAGAUGCCUACCUUCACCAGUAACAGCAGUCCCCCACAAGGAAGAGGAAAAAGGGGAGCCUCUGGAGUCAAAGCAAACGGGAGCCUGGGGGCAAUGCCACUAGAAUUCUAAUAUUCAGAGGGGGGUGGGUUUGGGGAGAUAAAGGCUCUGACUCACGCCUCUCCCCUUUAUCUUUUAGGCACAGUUCUGAGACCCAAAGAGGGGUGGGGGAACAUGCAAGCCCCUGGAAAGAGGGAGGAGCUGUUGGGGCAGGGAUGAGGAUUUGGUUGUUUUCUUCUAGUUCGGCAGAUGCAUGUGGUUGGUGAGCAGAGAGGGAGCCAGGAGGGUGUUAGAGGAACAGGGGACAUCUACUGAGCCCAGGAGUGUCAGGAAAAGAUUUAGCACUGAAAUGUCACCUGGGCAGCAGGUUAGCUCUUCACACUGGGCCACUUCUCAGUGCCUUCUCCACCCCCACAUGCAAGCCUCAGAGGUUUGUUCAUAAGCUAGAGGGAGACAAUGGCUGCAACUUUUGAGCAAGAUUUAGAAAGGAAGCAUUAGUACCUAGACGUCUAGGGCCCAGCACAACCCAGUGCCUGCGAGCUCCAGUCACUGCCCAGGGCCAGGAGUGACCUGUGUCUACAAGGUGUAUGCCUCAGGCUCCGGGGAGAGGCCAGUUCAACUUCAGUGGCAUCAGGGCAAAGGCCAGGACUGCAGUCCUGGGGCCCUGGGGCCCUGUGACCCUACGGGAACGUGGCCCUGCUUAUUCUGGUCUUGAACUCUGGGUGCAGAGAAUUGCUGGCCAUUAAAAAUCCCUUUACCUCUUGAUUCACCUCUUCUCACCACCACCCAAAGGACAGAACAUUCCUCGCAAGUCAGCAGAUGGGGGAACUUAAAUCUUUUUUUCCUCUCUAGAAACAAAGGGGGCUCCCAGUGGCCUCACUGCCUGUAAUUCCAAGUUUCAUAAAAUAGCAGUCAGUGAGUCCAGGUGACCAAGUUGAGACAUACUGGCCUAAUCAGUCAUGAGAAAAAAACAAAAGUCUGAGUAAUAAAGACUAGAAGGGAUAUAAACAGAAACGUUCUAUAACCUAAAUUGUUAGGGCAUUAUUUUUGAGGAGGGGGUGGUAAACAUAAUCACUUCAUAGUCUGAACCAGAAAUAGGAAGAUCAAAACACAGAGAGGUACAUGGGCAUCAUGGCCGUGGAUCAGCUUCUCAUUCUAGCCACUCUGUUCCAGCGCCUUAUUCUCCUGGGGAGCAGGCUGGAAUUUAGCGUCAUCACUUCCUACUGAAACAACAUUCCUUUAAUCUUCUGGUUUUUAAGAGAGAAACAUUUUACCUGUCUCUCCAGGGUGACCAUAGGAACAUGCCCGAGUCUCCCCUGGCUCCAGGGCUCCCCGUUGGCCUUCUCUCUUCCCCUCCCCAAGCCCACAGCCUUGCAAGCCAGCUGAGGGACUCAUUUCCUCACCUGCUCAACAGCAGUAAGCAUUUUGGGCACUGGGAGAAGAGAACCUCAAGCUAGCAGGAAAAGGCUGAGCCCCGAACUUUCAGUUCUGGGACAGAGUAGCAGCAAUCGGAAAUGAGGUGGGAAGCAUUGCCAGAGGUACUUCCUGUGGAGGAGCUGGCCAGCUCGAAGGGGUGUCAGAACAGGGACAACAGCAGGUGGGGGAGAACAGGUGGCAGAGCGUUCAAAUCCUUUCCAUUUGGGUAGAUCUGAAUCCGAAUUGAAAAGUUAUACCUUCAGUGGCUUCCUCACGCCACAAAAGGUGCUGUUCCUUUCCUGUCCCUCUGUUCCCGGUCACCUGAGAUUUGGGUGUGGGUGCCACCAGCUUGUCCAAGCCAUCUGGCUUUGGGUGCUAGGCUGCCCCAUCUGAGGAAACACUGUUGAGCCAAGACCAGGCCCUCAAGGCACCACAACCACCGUGGCCUUCUCUCCUCAGCCUAUACCAGCGUGGUCUCUCGUAGCCACAAAGGGGUGUGUUGUGAUGAAAAGCCCAGAAUGUUACCAUGCUAACCUGAGUCAUCUCAAAUCCAAACCCUGACAGAUGAGCAAACAGGCUUACAGGGAGAAGUGACCGCUAGGCACAUAGAUUGUGGCAGAACUAACAUCUGAACUGACUAUAAAAUCUCCAACUUCUGUGUUUCUCUCUGGUACUUUCAGUUUCCCACCACCUGCCCAGAGGCAUCUUCUUUAGUUAGGCCUGGUAUCAGUAUCCUUUUUGCGUAUGCCAAUUUUGUAACCCCGUCCUGAUGAAGUAAAGCUGAAAAAUAAAGUUAAUUUUGAUCAAAUGAA